AAAGGAAAAAAAAAACCUCCCCCACCUGCCACCGCGAACUGCCGGAGGAAUCUCUGGCGAUGGCGCCGCCAGCCGCUGCGGUUGCCGCCGUCCACCACCGCAGCCCGCACCUGCUCCUCCGCCGCGGCGGCGGGGGUCUCCUCCCAUCUCCUUCGGGUCCCGCCACGCUUCCUUUCUCCUCGCGGGGUGCGGCCUGCACGCCCGCGCGCCUGCGUUUGCCGCCGCCGCGGUUCUCUCUCUCCCCCGUCCCGAAGAGCCUCUCCGCCGCCUCCUCCUCCCACGUCCCUGUACGGUCCCUAUUCACCGGCAUCGUCGAGGAGGUCGGCCGCGUGCGCCGUCUCGGCCCGCCGCUCACGCCGUCUGGGGGCGGCGGUGGCGGCGAGGCUCCUGGCCUUGACUUGGAGGUCGAGACCAAGAACCUCCUCGCUGGAACGCAGCUCGGUGACAGCGUGGCGGUCGACGGCGCCUGCCUCACCGUGGCGGCGAUCGACCCGGCCGCGUCCACGCUCACUUUCGGCGUGGCCCCGGAGACGCUCCGCCGGACGUCCCUGGGAGGGCGCGCCCCGGGCGAUGGUGUCAACCUCGAGCGCGCGCUCACGCCGUCGUCCCGCAUGGGCGGGCACUUCGUGCAGGGCCACGUCGACGGAACCGGGGAGAUCGCUGCGUUCCGGCCGGACGGGGACUCGCUCUGGGUCACCGUGCGCGCCCCGCCGGAGAUCCUCCGGCUGCUCGUGCCCAAGGGCUUCGUCGCCGUCGACGGCACUAGCCUCACUGUUGUCAGUGUGGACGACGAGGGCGGCUGGUUUGACUUCAUGCUCGUCAGGUACACGCAGGACAACAUCGUGCUGCCGACCAAGAAGGUCGGAGACAAGGUGAACCUGGAGGCGGAUAUACUGGGGAAGUACGUCGAGAAGCUCCUCGCUGGGAGGGUUGAGGCCAUGGCGAAGGGGUGAAGAAAAGGCUUGGAUUCAAUGUCUAUGCCGAGCUCAGCCUGCAGCUGCAACAUGGAUUCUUCACGGAUUUUCGUUAUUAUGUUUUGGAGAUGUUCAUUUGGUUGCUGCAGCCAGCAAAUUAGAAAUGCUAUUCUGGUGCACUUACCUCUCUACUGUAUGAGACCUGAGCUUUGUGAUUGGAACAAUGUGAAUACAAGGCUUAGCACCAUGGUAACACUACUUCGUUGUAGUUGGCUGUGUAAAACCUUUUCGUUGACUGCACAAAAUAGGACAGUAUUGAUAGUAGUCACAACUCCUUUGGGGCACAAGAUGGUGAACUGAUUAGCCUUGAUUGGAGAUUGCUGGUAGAAUCUUGUGUUUUGGUUACUUCAAGUCUUA